CGGGAGACGUCGGCCACGAUGAGUGUAGGAUCCAGAGACAAGGAGACGUCGUUGACGAUGGAGGGACAAGAGGAAACGGACACGGAAAUGCAAGAUCUUCUGUCUCACUCUGAUAAACUCUCCAGCAGAUUUAAGGUGGCGAGGGUGUCCAUCAGCGAGUUGGCACCCUCCAGAGACAGAGGGGAAGUGACCCGCCUGACGCCCACCAUGGAACACAACAGCUACGUCUACGACACCCGCAACUCCCGUAGCUUCGCCCAGAUGACCCGGGAGGCGCUGCCGAGGGCGGAGCACUACCGGGACAUCAUCCAGGGGAAGCACGCUUGUCGGCCGACCUUGGAGGAACUCCACGAGGCCAGGUUCCUGGAGAAGGCAAAAAGAAGACAGAGCAAUUACAGUAUUAUCGGCAAAGCUGACCAGAAAAAAGGAAAGGUUAUCAAAUUUGGAUGGAUUGAAGGAGUUUAUAUGAGAUGCCUCCUAAACAUCUGGGGAGUUAUGCUGUUCCUUCGGUUGUCUUGGGUAAUAGGGCAAGCAGGAGUAGGGUGGGGAGUAGCUGUCAUAUGUUUGGCCAACAUAGUCACUCUGUUCACCACAUUGUCAAUGUCAGCUGUCAGCACCAACGGGCUGAUUGAAGGAGGUGGUAUCUACUACAUGAUCUCUCGUUCGCUGGGUCCAGAGUUUGGAGGGGCCAUUGGUCUUAUGUUUACACUCGCCAACUCCGUAGCUGUCUCCAUGUACAUCGUAGGCUUCUGCGAGUCUGUGCAGGACGUCAUGAGGAUGUUCGGCACGUCAAUCAUCGACAACGGGACUAACGACGUACGACUCGUCGGGUCAGUCACUCUAGUCGGUAUACUAAUCCUGGCAUUUGUUGGAAUGGACUGGGUCACUAGGACUCAAAUGUGUCUUCUGGUGGUACUACUCUUCUCACAGAUAGACUUUGUCAUUGGAACUAUCCUUGGACCUAAAAAUGACCUUGAAGUGGCCAAAGGAUUUGUUGGUUACAACUUAGAAUUGUUCAAGGAAAACCUUGGCCCUGACUACAGAACAUUUGAGGGGGUGGAACAUGACUUCUUUUCAGUAUUUGCUGUAUUCUUCCCUGCAGUGACAGGAAUCGUAGCAGGGGCGAAUCUGUCUGGGGAUCUAAAGGACCCAAGUUCAGCAAUUCCCAAGGGCACGUUGCUGGCAAUAGCCUCAACGUUUCUGUCGUACAUCAGCUAUGCCUUCAUGAUGGGAGGCUGCAUGUUACGGGACGCUUCCGGGAACGUGACGCUGGUAACAGAGUUUGAAGGGCUGAAAGAUCACGAGCUGUUUGAGCAAAUUGGUAGCUGCAACGGAACUUGCAGAUACGGAAUGCAGAAUGACAAUCAGGCUAUGGAGUUAGCCUCGCUGUGGGGUCCUCUCAUCUACGGAGGUUGUUUCGCUGCCACUCUCUCCUCUGCCAUCGCAAGUCUGGUCGGAGCUCCUAGAGUGCUACAGGCCCUAGCAAAAGACAAACUGUAUCCAAAUAUAGAGUUCUUUGCUAAAGGCUACGGAGCGAACAAUGACCCAGCCCGAGGCUAUAUUCUUGUCUCCGGCAUCGCUUUCGGCUGCAUUCUCAUUGCCCAGCUGAAUGCUAUUGCUCCCCUUCUCUCAAAUUUCUUCUUGGCUGCUUAUGCUCUCAUCAACUUUUCUGUGUUCCAUGCCUCAAUCUCAAAGUGCCCUGGAUGGCGGCCUGCUUUUAAGUACUACAACGCCUGGGUGAGUCUGGUGGGAACACUGCUAUGCAUCGCUGUCAUGUUCCUCAUCUCCUGGUGGACUGCCCUAGUUACGUUCUUUGUCGUCAUUACUCUUUAUCUUUACGUCUCCUACAGGAAGCCUGAAGUCAACUGGGGCUCUUCCACUCAAGCUCAGGCUUACAACUUUGCGCUCAAAUCAACCCUCGACCUCAACAAGGUGCAGGAGCACGUCAAGAACUACCGUCCUCAGUUACUGGUGAUGUCAGGACUGCCUGGCGCUCGACCUCCUCUCAUAGACUUCGCUCAUCUUGUCACCAAAGGAAACUCUCUACUCAUGUGCGGACACAUUGUCAAGGGGACUCACUCACAGCGAGUGUACGAAGCCCUGAGCCAGAAAGCGUACCGUUGGUUGGAGCAGCAUCGGAUCAAAGCGUUCGUCAGCAUCGCAGAGGAGGGAACUGGCAAUUUCGAGACGGCAGCUCAGUCGCUGAUGCAGAUAGCAGGACUCGGCAAGCUGAGACCCAACACUGUGCUGAUAGGGUACAAGAGUGACUGGCAGACAUGUCCCAGAGAUCAUCUCAUCCAGUACUUCGGCAUCAUACACUCUGCACUGGACACCUAUUUGGCCGUAGCCAUCCUCAGAAUGCCCAAUGGACUAGACUACUCUGCUCUGCUUCAGGACAAGGAUGUUGUCAUGAUCUCUUCUCUGGACGAGAAAGAUGCUGAGGACAAAAUGAGGAGGAACCAAUCUGGUGCGGAACUAGAGGAGUUGGGCGACGUAGAAAUAGUGGCAGACCAAGAUCAAGGCGAGCCGGUCGAAGAAGUUUCUGUAGAGGUUAUGCAGGAGACCCAGGAGAUCAUGGAGGCCCCCGCCAAGCAAGACUCCGCCAAGGGGAAGGACGGCUCAGAGAUGUACGUCAGUGCUGAGGGCGAGCCACUACCCAACAACAUCAUGCGGCAACUCACACACUUCCGACGGAAACAGGAGAAAGGCUUCGUCGAUGUCUGGUGGCUCUAUGACGAUGGAGGUCUGACUCUUCUCAUUCCCCACAUCUUGCUGACCAGAUCACAGUUUGCAGAUUGCAAGCUAAGGAUCUUCUCUCUGGCUAACCGCAAGAAUCAGCUUGACCGUGAUCAGCGCAAUCUGGCGGCUCUUCUGUCUAAGUUUCGCAUUGACUACAGCGACCUCAUAGUCAUUCCGGACAUCACCAAGAAGGCCAGGGAAGAGACGAAACAGGAGUUCGACAAAAUUAUUGAAAACUUUUUGCCUCAUGAUGAAAACAUACCUGAGGAGGAAGAGAAAAAUUACAUAAUGGAGUCGGAGCUUUUGGUCCUCGCAGAGAAAACCAACAGACACAUGAGGCUGAGGGAGCUAUUGCAGGAAUACUCAAAGGACUCUACUUUUGUAGUUAUGACACUGCCCAUGCCUCGUAAAGGCACCGUGUCCGCUCCUUUGUACAUGGCCUGGCUGGAGCUCCUCACUAAGGACAUGCCUCCCUACCUCAUACUACGAGGCAAUCAGACCUCCGUACUCACUUACUACUCAUAACAUUCUGUAUUAGUGUAAAGUUAUAAUAUAUUUAU